UGUCAUUGGGCGUUUGUAAAUUCAGUUGCAGCGAGCAACAGCGACUCUUUCGUACCAUUCGCAAAUCGAAUCGAUCGUCUGCUUCGGAAUAAGUAUGGUCAUCUGACAGCCAACGAUCGGAAGCUGAUAUCCGCCUCGCUGGUUAACGUUAAAACGCUUACGAGCUUUAGUGAACUACGCGCAUUCUUCUUGGCGCUUGCAACUCAGAACAAGACUCUGGCAUCACAGUCUUCCUUCGACAAGGUUUGA